GACACCUUCUCCUCUGAAAAUACGUGAUGGCGAGUAAAAUGCUUACUCUUGUUCCACUGUGUUUGCUCCUUUGCUGGAUGCUUCCUGUUGGCUCCAAGACAAUCAGAAUCGUCGCUUCACAAGAUGCCAUAAAGACCAAGAAGCCCAUCCCAUUGAACUUGGCAGAAGAUUCUGUUGAUGACAUGUACUUGGGCUGCAACGCGAUGGCACAAUUCGUCAAUAACAAGUACUUCAAAAAGGAGGACAAUGGGACAUUUGCAGUUGUCUGGAAACAGGCUAAUAAAUGUGCAAUUGAGAAAUUCCGAAAUAAAGAUAAAAAAGAUGAAGCUUUGACCAAGAAUCACACACAAGCUAUCUGUGCUUUUACAUCUAAUGUUCAAGAGUUCUAUCAGACGUUCAAUGCUGCAGUCCGAACAAGCAGAAAACAAUAUGGCACCUCCUUUCAGUUCCACUUCUUACAUUUCUGGCUGACAUCUGCCGUACAGAUUCUCGGUCAGAAUACAGACUGUAAGACCACUUACCGCCGAACAAAGGGUGAGUUCAGUGGUAAAGUUGACCAGAUAAUUCGCUUUGGCUCUUUUAGCUCCUCCUCUGCCAAACCAGACCAGAAAAUCUUUGGUAACAAGACUUGCUUUAAAAUCAAGACCUGUUUGGGUGCUCCCUUGAAGAACUAUUCAAAAUUGCCUAAUGAGGAAGAAGUGCUUAUCCCCCCUUAUGAGCGCUUUAAAAUCAUCAAGAAAAUAAAGAAAAAAAUUCCAGAAAAUCUGAGCGACUGUAAGAGUGUGUAUAUCCUAGAGAGUGCAGGAGUUCUCAGCAAUCUGAACUGCAAAGAGACAAGAAAGACCAGGUGGAGCAGUGUGAGCAUCAUUUAG